GUGUGUGGUGGUCAUAUUUUUUUAAACCCACGUCGUUAUGCUUGGGGAUAUUUUUAGCUCCUGUGGCCUAAUUAUAAUUAUUCAGCAAUAUUCUUGGAAUGAACCUACAAGCUUGAUGUGAUAUGUACGCAAUAGUUUCUCUUCUUAAGCUUGGCGUGGGUUUGAAGGGAUGUCGUGAGGAUUAAAAGAGCACAUACGAUCUUGCAUUAUUGCAUUCCCACUUCACAGAGAAGUCAGGAAUCGCAAUGUGUGUGGGCUGUGGAAGUCAGAUACACGACCAGUACAUCCUGAGAGUGUCCCCGGACCUGGAGUGGCACGCAGCCUGCCUCAAGUGUGCAGAGUGCAACCAGCAUCUGGACGAGACCUGCACUUGCUUCGUCCGAGACGGAAAGACUUACUGUAAAAGAGAUUAUGCAAGGUUAUUUGGCAUCAAAUGUGCAAAGUGUAACAUGGGCUUCUGUAGCAGCGACCUGGUGAUGAGAGCCCGGGACAAUGUGUAUCACAUGGAGUGCUUUCGGUGCUCGGUGUGUAGCCGACACCUCCUGCCGGGGGACGAGUUCUCCCUGCGGGACGACGAGCUGCUGUGCCGGGCGGACCACGGCUUGAUGAUGGAGAGGGCCUCAGCAGGGAGCCCGCUGAGCCCGGGGAACAUUCACAACAGACCGCUACACAUCUCAGAUCCAGUUUCGGUCCGGCACCCUCCACAUCACCGGAACCACGUCCACAAGCCGUCCGAGAAGACCACCAGAGUGCGGACGGUGCUCAACGAGAAGCAGCUCCACACACUGCGGACCUGCUACAAUGCCAAUCCGAGACCGGACGCUCUGAUGAAGGAGCAGCUGGUGGAGAUGACCGGCCUGAGCCCCAGGGUGAUCCGCGUCUGGUUUCAGAACAAGCGCUGCAAAGACAAGAAGAAGUCCAUCCUGAUGAAACAGCUUCAGCAGCAGCAGCACAACGACAAAACCAAUCUGCAGGGCCUGACAGGCACACCUCUGGUGGCAGGCAGUCCUAUCCGCCACGACAACACCGUGCAGGGGAAUCCUGUGGAGGUGCAGUCCUACCAGCCUCCAUGGAAAACCCUCAGCGACUUCGCCCUGCAGACCGAUCUCGACCAGCCUGCUUUCCAACAACUGGUGUCUUUCUCUGAAGCGGGCUCUCUGGGGAACUCCUCAGGCAGUGAUGUGACCUCUCUGUCGUCUCAGUUGCCGGACACUCCGAACAGUAUGGUGCCGAGUCCCGUGGACACGUGAGGAAGUACCAGGAUCAGCUGGAGGCACCGAGCUGCAGGAAUGAGCAAAAACCCUCAGUGACAUUCAAAGAACGAAUAUAACAGCCAGGAUGGAUUUUGCUGGAGGAUCAUUUCAUUCAAGUCCCCUUUGGAGGAUUUGAGGUCUGACUGUUCCCUGUACAUCUAGGUAUCUGAUCCCACUCUCCUGCCCCAUGACACUUCGGCAGGACACGCAGCUGUUCAUGGACAUUCUGGUUUUCGAGCUAUAUAUGGGACACCUUGCCUCCACAACGCCCACACCUGAACUGAAUACAACGGGAAUAUAUGGUGGGAUUUAAACACGGGAGCCUGCUCUGGACGUCCGAACGCUAAUGCUUACAGUAUGUUUUAAAGGGGAAAAAAAUACAAGCUGUGUAGAUGUGCAUGAUUUCCACGCUCACUAUCGACUAUUGUAAAUUAUUGAAACAGAUAAGAGAGAGAUGCGCGCUGUUCGCGGUUCCUCCAGAAAAAAAUAAGUUAUUAUUAUUUAUUAUUGAAGGCAGACAUGGCUGGACUUAACAAUAAAGGGACUGAUUAUUGCAUGCAAAAUCCAUUUGUUCCAUAAACAUUCAGAAGAUUUUAAUUAUGGUCAGUGAAAAUAAAUCAGUUUUAUGGGAAAUGACAGCGCAUCUGCUGCUUAUAAAGCGUGACUUUGUUUAAAGUGCGGAUUGAUCUGGAAAAGCUCAGGGGAAAAAAGUGGUGCAAAAAAGAGAGAAAAACUCACACUCCUUCGGCCAGUUCAAUCUUUCAGUUUUACACAUGUUCUUGUUUCUAGAGGUGCAAACCUCCACACCGUGAGGCAGGAGCCUGCAACACUGAAUCUGCUUAUAUUUAGCGUUUCUGCGCCAAGUGGAUCAGUGACUGAUGGUUGACAAUAUAUUAUUAUUAGGCAUUUGGCACAUGUAUCACGGUUCACUGAGUGAGACACAAUAGUCUGCGGCUUUUUUAAUCUGACUUGAUAUGUUUUUAUGGCUUUGAAUGUUUACACUGGCUAUAUGAGUAUUAAUGCGCUCCUCAGCCUGGGGCUGAAAUUUAUAGCAAAUUGUGCGUAAUGUUAUGUUCCAGUUAUGGUGAUAAAAUGAUAAAAAUCGAGCAUUUUUAGGGGGAAAAGUGCAAAAAAAAAAAAAAGAGAGAGAAAAAAAGUAAACCAUUACAACCAUGUGAAUCCCCGUGGUUAGGCUACAAGUCUAGACAGAGGACAGGCUUCGGCGGCCCCCUUAUCUACAUCUGGCAUCACCUGCAAAGGAUACGCUGAAUGGGCCCACAACAAAACGCGCAGCGCUGAGGGGACUCCCAGCCUGCGGACGCAUUCUAGCGUGUCUUGAGUUUAUUUUCAUUCCAGUAGGAAUCCUGAGCGACAAAUAGCCGCUGGACAAGAGAGCAUACAGGUCAAGCCGUCACUGACAUCCUACACCCGCUACAAUUUGUCGGGGAGGAUCUUUUCUUUUAAAAAAAAAAAAAAAAAAUCACUGAAGGAAACGAGAUCUGAUUAAAAUGAACAAUCCUGUUACCUGCUGGUAAAUAUUUAAAAGUGGCAAAUUAGAUACAGCAGUGGUAACUAUUUAUUUAAUAUUAAAAAAGGCUAUGGGGUGAUAUAACCUGUGGAUUUUAACAGGGAUUAUCUUGUAACCGAUCAGGACAACCUAAACUUACAAUGUCAAGACUGCAUUUCCGCACAAUGAAGUGAGUCUAACCUGUAGAUUGAUGCAUUUCAGUUUUUUCUUCUUGUAGUUCGAUUUGGGCAGCUAGAUCCAAAAAAACCUCAAUAUGUCUCAACCAGUUCAUAUGUACUCAUGUGUCGUCAAUGACAGCUCACAUUGGGCAUCAUUAUCCAACUCCAUAGGAAGCCAAAUUAAGGGGGGACAU